CUUUUGUUUCUUUUUAAGGCUAAUGAACGUAAGGCCUAUUUCCAAGAGGCUUAUGAGAGCUGCACACGAGAAUUGGAACUACUCUUACACCAUUGCAGUGUGUCAGGCCUGUGGACAUCAGGUGAGAGAGACAAAGAGAAACCCCAGAACUUCACUGUCAUCAUUGAGAACUUGAGGAGGACCUUGACAUGUUACCGGGACAGAUUUGAAGAUACUUCAAAUGAGCUGGUUCAAAUGACUAAAGAAUGUAAAUCGAAAGAAGAAACAAUCCAAGCACAGAACAAAGAAAUUGAGGAAUUUUCUCAGUGCUGA